AACCUCGUAAAAAUGAAGAAAAUAGCCUGAAAAUAUCCCCAAAACCUCCUCAUUUUGUUUGUUUCAGUAUUGACUUCAACUUCAAUCGGGGGAUCUAUGAAUCCAUCGUCUAUCAUUGAUUUCUGUUUGGAAUGGUGAUGUGACAACCAGAGGACAUGUCAGGAGGCGAUUACAGCGAUCACAAGCUGCAUUUGCAGUGCUCGAAUUCGUCGGUGUCGGAAGGAGGGGGAGAUUUGGAGGCGCAGUCGUCGCCAAGGACUCCGGGCAAGACUAUUUCAGAUCUCUUGAAGCGCUUGGACCGAGGAUUCUCUGAUCGCCGAUUGUCGAGUUUGAAGCGGUCCGAUAGGGGGGAACACUCGUCAUCGUUGCCUUCGGAUCACGGGGUUGUCGCUGGGGAUGAAGUCCUUGGCGAUAGCGCGCCGCCGGAGUGGGCUUUACUGCUCCUUGGAUGUCUCCUUGGCCUCGCUACUGGUCUUUGUGUUGCCGCGUUUAACCGCGGGGUUCAUGUAAUUCAUGAAUGGGCAUGGGCUGGUACUCCUAAUGAGGGUGCUGCUUGGCUUCGUUUGCAACGACUAGCAGACACAUGGCAUCGAAUUCUUCUAAUACCAGUCUUGGGUGGAGUUGUUGUUGGCGUGCUGCAUGGUCUAGUUGAGAUAUUGGAUCAAAUAAAGCAAUCCUCCAGUUCAUCUCAGGGGGGGCAAGGAAUUGAUUUAUUUGCUGGAAUCUUCCCUACAGUUAAGGCCAUUCAAGCUGCCAUCACUCUGGGUACUGGUUGUUCUUUAGGUCCUGAAGGCCCCAGUGUAGACAUUGGGAAAUCUUGUGCCCAUGGAUGCUCUGUGAUCAUGGAAAACAACCGGGAAAGGAGAAUAGCUCUUGUCGCUGCUGGUGCAGCUGCUGGUAUUUCCUCAGGUUUCAAUGCGGCAGUUGCUGGCUGUUUCUUCGCAAUUGAAACGGUUUUAAGGCCAUUGCGAGCAGAAAACUCUCCACCAUUUACUACUGCAAUGAUUAUAUUGGCAUCUGUUAUUUCAUCUACUGUAUCAAAUGCUGUCCUGGGAGAGAAACAGGCAUUCACAGUGCCCACGUAUGAUUUGAAAUCUGCUGCCGAGCUGCCUUUGUAUCUGAUUUUGGGAAUGUUAUGUGGAGUAGUAAGUGUGGCUUUCACUCGUCUAGUGGACUGGUUCAGUAAGGGUUUUAAGUUCCUGAGGGAAAAAUUUGGACUUUCUGAUGUUGUCUGCCCUGCUUUGGGAGGUUUAGGAGCAGGAAUAAUAGCUCUCAAAUAUCCUGGAGUACUUUAUUGGGGUUUCACUAAUGUUGAUGAAAUUCUUCACACCGGGAAGACUGCAUCUGCACCUGGAAUCUGGUUGCUAGCUCAAUUAUCAGCAGCAAAAGUUAUAGCUACUGCUUUGUGCAAAGGGUCUGGCCUUGUUGGGGGUCUUUAUGCCCCAAGUUUAAUGAUUGGUGCUGCAGUAGGUGCUGUGUUUGGAGGUUUUUCUGUUGAGUUGAUUAAUUAUGCAAUUCCAGGAAGUGGUGCUAUUGCUCAGCCACAGGCAUAUGCACUGGUGGGAAUGGCUGCUACUCUAGCUUCAGUGUGUUCGGUGCCCUUAACUUCAGUUCUGCUGUUGUUUGAGUUGACAAAAGAUUAUAGAAUUUUGCUUCCUCUUAUGGGGGCUGUUGGGUUGGCAAUAUGGGUGCCAUCAGUUACAAACCAGCAUAAGGAUACAGAAACAUCUGAUUCAAAAAAGUUAUCCAGAGGUUAUUCUAUUCUUUCACAUGAUGAAGAUGAAAAUGAUGGAAGUUGGCCGAAAACUGGAGGGAGACAUGACUUGGAACUAUCAAUUAUUGGAAAUGGGAAUAAUCAUGAAACAAUUGAUGAAGACUUUGUUCUUGAAAAUAUGAAGGUUUCCCAAGCCAUGUCUAAAGAUUAUUUGAAGCUUACCUUGAACCAAACCGUGAAAGAAGCAUUGAAAUGCAUGCAUGAUGGCCAACAGCAUUGUGCUCUUGUGGUGGACAGUGAAGGUUAUCUUGAAGGAAUUCUAACAUAUGGAGACAUCAAGCGAAGUUUAUUUAAGAACUCUGGGGAUUCUCUCAACAUGGAAUUUUUACAUACAGAUGAAAAUACAUGUCUCGUCUCCUCCAUAUGCACAAGAGGAAUAAGCUACCUUGGAAGAGAAUGCGGACUCUUAACUUGUUAUCCAGAUACCGAAUUGGCGAUGGCAAAGCAACUAAUGGAGGCUAAAGGAAUUAAACAGUUGCCGGUUGUUAAGCGUGGUAGAGACAUCCCAAAAGAAAGAAAACGCAGAGUCAUUGCUAUUUUGAAUUAUGGUUCAAUUUGGGAUUCUAUCAGAAAAGAGGUUAAUUGGCAGAAGUCAGCCUAUCAGCAGGCAAGAGGAGACAAUUCAAAUCAGAUAGUUCCAAUUGGCCUUUGACUGCACAAAGGGUGUUUUGAUUCACAGAAAACAUACUUAAAAAAGCCUUCUGGUUUCCGCUUCGCUUGGUAUAGAGCAAUCAUGUUAUUCAUUGAUGGGAAAUCCUAUAGAAUUGUCCUUUUUUUGGUGCUACAAGUGUAGUAAUAGGCUCUCCUCUUGGCACAUGGGAGUAUUUUACUUGAACCCGUGAUGAGGGUUUUGUCUCUAUUUCCAUUCGAGUGUAAUAUAUUACAUUUUGUAACAUGUAAAUUACGUUAACAGUAGUAACUGAAAUUUAAUAGAACAAUGAAAAAAUAUACUACAGGUCUACAGGUAACAGUAGUAAGGAGUUUCCCCCUCA